GAUUGGAGGAGCUCACGUCAAUCAUGAUUGAGUCAAGCUUGGUUGUGUUGUCACGGUUGUUGAUGUCGCUGUCAAAAGUCAGUUGGCGCAAAGGGCAGUUAGCAGAUGACAAUGCAGUUUUUUGGCCGCCUGUUGGACACAGUGUCCUCCGUCUCCACCCUCUUCACCAACCCAUAUCGAGUCAAAGAUGUCCCUUUGUCUGACUACGGCGGCAGGGGCAAAGUGUUGCUGAAAGAAGAUGGACGCCUAGUCUUGUACAAAAACAGCCAAUCAUGGGACUGCCUGCUGAUGUGUCCAGAGACGCCGACUGUGGUUCAGAGACUGUUUCAGGUGGUGUCAGAGGAAGACGCCAUGAACUGGUUCCCGCAGUAUGCACUCAAGCUCCGGCCCUUCUAUGAGACAUUUCCUGUGAAAGCUGAGACCACCCAAACAAUUGUGGAUAGCAUCCGCCACCACCCUGACUGGAGCUCUGCCCACAUUGCUGUGGAGACAGGCCUCCGAGAGUGUCUGAAGCAUAACUACGUUCAGAGUCAAAUAAAUUCUCGGGAUGCAGCGGGUCGCACGCCGCUGCAUCUGGCAUGUGAGCGUGGUGAUCUGGUGUGUGUUAAGGAGCUGCUGGAGGAAAGCCAGGCUCGCACUGACAUCAAAGACCGCAGCGGAGAGACGCCCAUGCACUGUGCUGCCAAGCAGGAUUCACCUGCUGUUAUUCAGAUCCUGUGUUUGCGGCUCUGUCCAGGGAUGAACGGCCUCAGUGACAACGGGGAGACGGCCCUUCAUAUAGCCUGCCGUAUGGGCCACAUGGAGGCCGUCAAAGCCCUGUUGGACGGAGGGGCCAAGUGUGACGUCAUUGGAAGCACUGGGUAUCCGAUCCACAGUGCCAUGAAGUACAGUGAGAAAGGUUGUGUAGGGGAAGUCCUCAAAGCAGACCCACGUCAGCUUCACGCAGAAGAUCCGAUAUACGGAGGCACUCCGCUGCACUGGGCCAAAACAGCAGAGAUGUGUCAUGUUCUCUUGGCGCAUGGAUGUGAAAUCAACUACCUCAGUAAGACUGGUGAGAGUGCCCUUCAUAUUUUGACCAAGAAGGGGCGCUUUGAAGCAGCCAUGGUGUUGCUCACUCACGGGGCCAACGCCAAUCUGAAAGGCCAGGACGGAAACACGGCGCUUCACCUGGCCAUGAAGAUGGACCACAUGGAGCUGAUCAAAGCUCUGAUCGUAUUUGGUGCUGACGUGGAGAUCCACAACGACCUGGGAGAGACUCCUGGCCUGAUUGCUGCUCGCACCAGCAAAGGUCCUAACAGAAAGAUACUGCUGGACAUGCUGUGUAGCGUAGGAGUCCAGCGUUGUCACCCUGCCUCCCCCGGCAGCCCUCCCCCCGUCUCCUACAAGGCCAACUCCCAGAGCAUAGGGUUUGACCAACUCAUGUACGUGGGAGCUGCCAUCGGUGCAAUAAGCAGAGGGGCAACAGUGGUGGACGGCCCCCGAGUGCAGAAGAAUGUGGACAGACUUCUGUGUCUGGACGGCGGCGGUAUCAAGGGUCUGGUGUUGAUCCAGAUGUUGAUCGCUCUGGAGAAAGAAGCCGGUCGACCAAUCAGGGAGCUCUUUGACUGGGUGGCCGGCACGAGCACCGGGGGCAUCCUGGCCCUGGCCAUCAUCCACGGCAAGUCCAUGGAUUACCUGCGCUGUCUGUACUUCAGGAUGAAGGAGCAGGUUUUUAAAGGUUCACGGCCCUACGAGUCCGCACCGCUGGAGGACUUCCUAAAAAAAGAGUUCGGAGAGAACACCAAGAUGACAGAUGUCCAGUACCCGAGGGUGAUGGUCACCAGUGUCCUGGCAGACAGACAUCCAGGCGAGCUGCACAUCUUCAGGAACUACAACAGUCCGUCUCUCCGCAGAGAGCCACCGUACACCACCACUGCCACCUUCAAACCCAUCACCAUUCCACAAGGUUGGGAGGAUGAGGAUGUGUUGAUGGUAGGGUUCACAGAAGAGCCGUCCAGGAAGCGUAGAAAGGUGACAGAUGAAGAACAACUCGUGUGGCGAGCCGCCCGCUCCAGUGGUGCCGCCCCCACUUACUUCCGACCAAUGGGGCGCUUCCUGGAUGGAGGGCUGCUGGCCAAUAACCCCACACUGGACGCCAUGUCAGAGAUUCAUCAGUACAACAAAUCUUUAACUACGGAGGGUCGUCAGCCUGAAAUCAAGAAGUUGGGUGUAGUGGUGUCCCUCGGUACAGGUAAACCUCCUCAGGUGUCGGUGAGCUCCGUGGACGUCUUCCGUCCCUCCAAUCCUCUGGAGCUGGCCAAGAGCAUCGUAGGAGUGAGGGAGCUGGGGAAGAUGUUGGUGGACUGUUGUACGGAUUCUGACGGCUGUGCUGUGGACAGAGCCAGAGCCUGGUGUGAAAUGAUUGAUACCGUCUACCACAGGCUGAGCCCCCAGCCUGUCACAGGAGGUGAUGCUGGACGAGGUGAGCGACGCCGUCCUGGUGGACAUGCUGUGGGACACCCAGAUGUAUCUGUACGAGAAGAGAGCCGUCCUCCGGUCCUUGGCAGAUAUGCUGCUGAACAAAUAACAAUAACAAAGCAGGUGACGUGGCACAAGCUGUGGCUCUACAGCACAUAACAGGACAAAGGUCAUCAAUGUAGGGCCGGUGAACAAAGAGUCCGACACGAGACUCAAAUGUAGGUAAGAACUUUUAUGACCAUUUUAGGGGCAGUUCAGUCGCGGUCGUGUGACCUCAUCAGUGGUUAUAUUAUGACGAUGAGUUAUGAAGUUUACAGUUUUUCUAUAUAUUAACCGUUGAACUGACCAGUGUGUGUAUGCAGAGUCAAACGGACGGCACAGUGGUGUGAACACGUCGGUUACUCAACAGCACAGAACACAAAUUUGACUUUUUUUUUUUUGUUGUUGUUACAGAAUACCUCCUGCUUCCUGUUUAUAUAAAACUCAUUCCACGUAAGUCUUGCAGCUGAGACUUAUUUUUAACCAUGUAUGAAGUAACGUGUACUGCCUUCUCUUCACCCUCUGUUGCACGUCCUCUAAAUGAAGUGACCUGACGGCGAGUCGUGUACACUGAAAAAAAAAAGACUAUUAUUAAAUUAUUGUUCUACCUCCUUGAUGAACACGAACAACUAACUUCUACUACCAAGUACUAUUUGUAUAUGGAUUGAAAACUGAAGUGCGUAUAAUAAUAAACUAUAUCAAUGUCAA